AUGGAGUCUGCAUCGUCAGAACAGGGAGAAGAAUGUGCCAUUGCUCCGGUUUUUACUGGCGCACAUUGUCAGAAUGAUGGUUUCAUGGGCCUCGGAUUUGACCACAAUUCGAAAACAGUGGAAUCAAAAAUUGACUCAAAAAUGCCAAGUAUCCUCUUUUUCGUCCUUAUUUUCCUCCUCGUCGGGAUUAUUUUUGGUCUUUUUCUUCAUAUCCGACAAUUGACCAAAAGAAUAACAGAGAAAAACCAGCAUCUUCGAAAAUAUCGACAACUUUUAAGCGAAGAUUCGCGAAAAGAAAGAGCUCUACCCUGA